AUGGCCAUGAAAUUUGGAGGAGCAAUGAUGCUUGUCGUGAUAGCUUCAGCGAUGAUGGGAGCUUCCAUGGCCUAUCCUGGGUGGAACAACAACAACGGCUACGCUUGGCCUCCGAACCAAGACGACGGUCCUGCCGAGGUCCCUCCAAAGAAGAUCGUCGUCGGAGGGUCAGAGAAUUGGCAUUUUGGGUUCGAUUACAGCGCCUGGGCUCACAAGAACAGCCCCUUUUACGUCAACGACACUCUCGUGUUCAAGUUCGACCCACCGAGCGACAAUAACACGCAUCCACACAGCGUCUACGUGUUCCAGAACUUCUGGAGCUACAUGAGGUGUGACCUCAAGAGCGCGACCAUGAUGGCCAAUGUGUCGGACGGGGCAGGAGAUGGCUUCGAGUUCACCUUGAGCCAGAAGUGGAAGUUUUACUUCUUUGCAUGCGGCGAGAGCAGCGGCCUCCACUGCUCCACCGGGAAGAUGCGGUUCUCUGUGGUGUCGCUUCCUCGCCCCUGGAAGUGGCACGGUUGAUUGGCCCCGAUAAGCCAAGGAAGAGGCUGUGCCAAUGCUUGUUA